AUGUAAAGAAGGGUGGGGUCCCUAUGGAGGUUAUGAUAGAGAGUAUCCAGCCUCACCCCUAUGCAACCAAUUACAUUCUUGCUUUAUUUUUUUCUUGAUCACCUCUUCACUUCACUCUUCACUCAUUUCUUAUCCAAGAAAUCAACCCCCAACCCAGCCCACCCCCGGCCAUAUAUUUCUGUUCAAUACUUCAUGCUCUACUCUUUUCUCUCCUUACGAUGCCCUCUUGAUCAUCCUCUCUCUCUCUCUCUAAUGGCCACCAACACUUGGAAUUCCGUUUGCCACAAAACACCACUCCGGCGGCGACACUCCAUAGACUGCCCCCCUUCAACCGCCGCUUCCUAUUCUUUCUUUCGCAAACCAACCACCACUUCCACUUCCACGGCCACAGCCAGUACCGCUUCUCUCUCCCACACCACCACCUUCGCCAUCUCCUCCACCACCCCCACCGCCACUCCCUCUGCCAAUCAAACCGUCUCCUUCGACGCCCUUCAACAGCACUUAUCCUCCAAAAACUUCCGCGAAGCCGACGAAGAAACUCGCCGCCUCCUCUUAGUCCUCGCUGGAGAAGCAGCCCAGAAACGCGGCUACGUUUUCUUCUCCGAAGUCCAGUUCAUUCAAAAAUCUGAUCUCAAAGCCAUUGACCAAUUAUGGAAGCAGUACAGUGACAACAAAUUUGGUUACAGUGUACAGAAGAAGAUUUGGGAGAAGAUGAACAGGGAUUUCACCAAAUUCUUCAUCAAACUUGGUUGGAUGAAAAAGCUUGAAUCCUCAGAAGUUGAGCAAUAUAAUUACAGGUCGUUCCCUACUGAAUUCAUCUGGGAAAUGGAUGAGAACACGCCUGAAGGUCACUUGCCAUUGACAAAUGCACUCAGAGGAACUCAACUGCUCAACAGCAUUCUAACUCACCCAGCUUUCAAUGGAAAUGAAGAGGAAAAGGGAGAGGAAGAUGAAAAGGAAAAAGGAGUUUCAGAAGGAAAAGGGAAGGAAAAUGAAGGUUUGAAGGGACUAAGGAACAGAGUUCUCAAAACAGAUUACAGCUUUUGAAUCUGUCACGAAAACUUAGAAGACAUUAUUAUUACUACAUAGAAAAAAAGUGAUGACUUCUGCAAAUUUCUUACAUUUGUAAAAGUGCUGGUAAAGGUUGAUUGAUUAGUCUACUUGUUUAUGGCACCCAUUUAUCAAGCAAGUGGACGAUGAUACCAACAUUGCAGAAAAUUACAAAAUUAGACGGCUUCGUACUUU